AUGGAUGGCGGCGGCGCGGGAGAGGGGAGUGGGACAAGCUGUGGGAAUGAACAGAGUGGGACAAGCUGUGGGAAUGAACAGAGUGGGACAAGCUGUGGGAAUGAACAGAGUGGGACAAGCUGUGGCAAUGAACAGAGUGGGACAAGCUGUGGGAAUGAACAGAGGGGGACAAGCUGUGGGAAUGAACAGAGGGACAAGCUGUGGGAUGAAACAAGUGGGACAGGCUGUGGGAAUGAACAGAGUGGGGAGCUGUGGAAUGAACAGAGCGGGACAAGCUGUGGAAUGAACAGAGUGGGACAAGCUGUGGAAAUGAAAACAAGUGGGACAAGCUGUGGGAAUGAACAGAGUGGGACAAGCUGUGGGAAUAACAGAGUGGGGACAAGCAAUGAACAGAGUGGGACAAGCUGUGGGAAUGAACAGAGUGGGCAAGCUGUGGGAAUGAAAGAGUGGGACAAGAGGGAAGAACAGAGUGGACAAGCUGUGGGGAAUGAAACAGAGUGGGACAAGCUGUGGGAAUGA